UCUCUCGUCUCUGUUUCGAACUAGUGCCAGUGCGUGUGGAAGACGGGAGCAUAUAUUUCUAGAUAUUUAUAGGACUACAGAGAGAGAGAGAGAGAGAGAGAGAGAGAGAGAAUGGAGGGAAGGAGAGUGGUAGUCUCUGCUCUGCAAUUCGCUUGCACCGACGACGUCACCGCCAAUCUUGAAACUGCUGAGAGGCUAGUUAGAGCCGCCCAUGGGAAAGGAGCAAAUGUCAUUCUUAUUCAGGAACUAUUCGAAGGCUAUUACUUUUGUCAAGCACAAAGGGAGGAUUUUUUUAACCGCGCUAAGCCUUAUAAGGGGCAUCCGACAAUAUUAAGGAUGCAAAAACUUGCUAAAGAGUUGGGGGUAGUUAUUCCAGUUAGCUUCUUUGAAGAGGCAAACAAUGCUCAUUACAAUUCAAUUGCAAUGAUGGACGCUGAUGGCACCGAUCUUGGGCUCUAUAGAAAAUCCCAUAUUCCAGAUGCACCAGGCUACCAGGAGAAGUUUUACUUCAAUCCAGGAGACACAGGCUUUAAGGUUUUCCCAACAAAAUUUGCAAAAAUUGGAGUUGCAAUUUGCUGGGAUCAGUGGUUUCCAGAGGCAGCCCGAGCUAUGGUUCUUCAGGGUGCAGAAAUAUUACUUUAUCCUACUGCUAUUGGUUCUGAACCUCGAGAUGCUGAACUUGAUUCUUGUGAUCACUGGAGGCGUGUAAUGCAAGGGCAUGCUGGGGCCAAUGUGGUUCCUUUAGUUGCUUCAAACCGCAUCGGGAAAGAGAUAAUCGAGACUGAGCAUGGAAACAGUGAGAUCACAUUCUAUGGUAACUCCUUUAUUGCAGGGCCCACUGGAGAAAUUCUUGCAUCUGCUGAUGAUAAAAAUGAGGCCGCUCUCAUAGCUCAACUUGAUCUGGACAAGAUCAAAUCCAAGAGGCAUAGUUGGGGAGUAUUUCGAGAUCGACGUCCAGAUUUAUACAAAGUGCUCCUUACCCUGGAUGGCACCAAUAGCCUACUCUGAUCUUGUUUGUCUUAUCCUACCGGUAUCUUGGUUGUGUGCUAGUAGUUCCACUACAAUCUCUCAAAGGGAUCACGGUACUCGCUUUAAUCGCUAUUAAUGGGAUAUGUAUAAAUGAAGGUGUAAAUAUCUUGCCUGAAGAAAGUUCCAUCAAGUGCUGUGAUUGGGCCAUGUGUUUCACAAUCAUGGUACAGAGAUUUGCAAAUAAUUUAGAAUCCUGUCUGUGGAAACUUCUCUAGUGAAUGAUAUGCCUGAUUUUGUCCCAUCUUCUCUAGAAUUUGAAGUGAUCGAACUGCAGGCAGACGGUCCUUGUUAUC